CACUUCCUGCAAUGUUGUUUUUAGCUUUUGCAUUUAGCAUGAGCUUCAUCUAUACAUUUUGGUAUUCGGAUGGUUCACAAGAUCUAAUUUAACGUUACCGUUUGUAAUAUGCAUUGUAAUAUGCGUCGAUGGUUGUUACAUACGUGUCAUGUGAUUUAUUUUAAGUAAGUUAAAUUGAGCCGCUAUCAAAAAACUUGUGGGCUGUGAACUCCCAACUUACUGAUGCAACAUGGCAGCAACUACUGUCAGUAAAUGUCUUUCCUCCGCUUUGAGGAGGAUUCACGUGGUCCAUUGCCGUGGAGUUCAUUCUGUAGUGGAAAAGUCAGUGUGCCGAGUGUCCAGUGUGGCGGUAUGUAGACCUAAUUUCGGUUCAGUGGAGAGACACACAGAGUUGAAUGGGACAGCUCUUUCAAGGGACGGGGACAAGGGCGGCGGCCAGGACAGGAGCAGAAGCUCGAGAGCGUUUCAGCGCAUGGGCCUGGGACUGUGUGCGGUGGCUCUACUAGACCACUACAACAAGGACAGAGAACAUUCCUUUAUACAACACAUUCUCCCAGUAGCUCAAUGUGCCUCCCCUCAUAAGCCUGACACUCCACGUUUUAGAUACAAUUUUAUUGCUGACGUGGUAGAAAAGUCGACUCCAGCUGUGGUCUACAUUGAAAUACUUGGCAGACACCCAUUUUCUGGACGAGAGGUCCCAGUUUCCAACGGCUCUGGUUUCAUUAUCAGUAAAGAUGGACUCAUAGUCACUAAUGCCCAUGUUGUAGCCAAUAAAAGAGGGGUCCGAGUCAAACUCACAAAUGGGGACACUUAUAAUGCCACGGUACAGGAUGUCGAUCCUGUAGCUGAUAUUGCUACCAUCAAAAUAUCCUCAAGGAAUCCAUUACCUACUCUGCCCCUGGGACGCUCAUCUGAUGUGCGGCAAGGAGAGUUUGUGGUGGCCAUGGGAAGCCCUUUUGCUUUGCGCAAUACAAUCACGUCAGGGAUUGUCAGUUCUGCUCAGAGAGGAAGCAAGGAGCUGGGCUUGUCUAAAUCUAACAUGGAUUACAUUCAGACAGAUGCAGCUAUUGAUUUUGGCAAUUCUGGAGGCCCUCUCAUUAACCUGGAUGGAGAGGUCAUUGGAAUCAACACCAUGAAAGUAACUGCAGGCAUAUCUUUCGCCAUUCCAUCUGACAGGGUGAGAGUUUUUCUAGAUCAGGCAGCAAAUGGAAAAAACUCUAGACCUAGUGGCACAGAGCACAAGCGGAGAUACAUUGGUGUGAUGAUGCUGACUCUAACUCCAAGUAUCAUCACUGAGCUGAAGCUGAGAGACCCCAUGUUCCCAGAUGAUGUCACACAUGGCAUCCUCAUCCACAGGGUCAUAGUGGGAUCCCCAGCCAACAGAGCUGGCAUGUUACCAGGAGACAUAGUGCUGGAAAUCAACGGCACAGAGGUGAAAACUUCGGAGGAGAUAUAUACAGCCGUCCACAGCAGUGACAGAAUCACAAUGUUGGUGCAACGAGGAAAUAAGCUGAUCCAUCUCCAAAUGACUCCAGAGGUUGCAGAAUAAAUGAACACUGGGACUGCCACUCAACACAGCACUGUCUGACACUAGUUCUUUAUUUUUAACUAAAAUGACUGAUGGAUAGUGUACAUGUUUAUUGGACAAUGAGCCAAACAUGAACUGAAAUGUCCUGCAACUGCACAGAGAGUCAUCAUCUUGAUUAAAAGUAUUCAUGAAACAA